CGGUGUUAAACCUCAAUAAACGCCAAACAAAAAGAAAACUCUACAAAGCGUAAUGGCAUCAUCAUCAUCUCGGUAGCAUAGUUACACGUUGGUGGUGACUGGUGCGGUUUCGUGAAACUUUUGUAAACUUGACACCUAAAAAUGAAUCGUUCGCCCUGUUGGCCCUUCUUCGUCCUCGUCGCCAUUUUCGCCCUCACAGAAAGCCGCCGCUACCACUUGGUAUCUUACGACCGCGGUGGAGCUCAGAGGCCGAGCGUGGCUUCAGGUUCCGUCCAGUCUCAUUUCCCUUCACAGCAGCAGGGCGCUCGCUCCACAGCGGUGUUGGUAAGAUGUCACCCGGACUCUAUGGAGCUCGUGGUUCAGGCUGACUUGUUCGACACGGGAUUUCUGGUGGACCCGGAACAUCUGCGCCUCGGUUCAGACCCGGCGAGUGGAAGUGGGUCGUGCCGGGCGGGCCAGACUGGAGAUGACUGGACGUUGACCAUAUGGGCCAACCUCUUGGACUGUGGAACUCUGCUCUCGUCAACACAAGACAAGAUAAUCUAUUCAAAUGUGCUGGUCUACUCACCUGAGCCAUCAUCUGAAGGCUUGUUUCGACUGGAUGGAGUGACCAUUCCGGUCGCGUGCCAUUUUGACAAGAGUUAUUCUGUGGCUAGCAUGUCCUUGCGCCCUGCCUGGGUACCUUCAGUCUCUGUGGUUUCAGCGGACAAUCGCAUAGACUUCAAACUGCGCCUCAUGACUGACAACUGGCAGUUUGAGAGGCGCUCUCAUGCGUACUUUGUGGGCGACCCGAUGCAUUUCGAGGUGUCCGCUCUGGUCCGCAAACACAAGCCCUUGCGAGUCUAUGUGGAGCGUUGCGUUGCUACGGCCGGCCCAGACCCCCAUGCUGCCUUAAGAUAUGACUUUAUUGAGCGUAACGGAUGUCUCUUUGAUGCCUUCCUGACAAACUCCAGCUCUCACUUCCUGUCCAGGGUUGAAGGGCACAUGCUUCAAUUUCAGCUUGAAGCGUUCAGGUUCCACCAACAGCCCAACAGUCAGGUUUACAUCACUUGCUGGUUGAGGGCUGUUCCAGACUCGUCAUGGGUCAGAUCUCAGAACAGGGCCUGCUCUUUUAUUGAAAAAAGAUGGUGGUCAGCGGAUGGGGAGCACGAAAUGUGUAGAACCUGUGAUCCACUGGUCGCCACAAAGGAAAAAACUGCUACUGACACGAGGCUGACCACAAAUUUGGAACAGAGUUUUGCUCCGAACAAACACAUGCAACCAACUAAUUUAUUGUGGGUUCGCCCAGGAACAUUCCAAAGGCACAAAUCUCAGCGGACCUCUUCUGGUCUAAAGAAAGAAACUGACUACACAGCAGAGAGACUUGUCCAGCUUGGACCUCUAACUGUUGAAUAGACGGUAACUAAUACUUUCACCAGGACCUCCUGUCUGGUUGAGGAUGGACAAGCUAAGCUGAACUUCACACAUGGGGAACCUGAAUUGAUAUGAGCAAGCUGCACUGUAUAACUUCACUUUAUUGGCUUACAUGGUUCUUGUUUUUGUGAUCAACCUCUUUCCAAUAUAAAUGUUUUACACUACUCUCAA